AUGGUUUGCGCGGGCGCACGAGCGGUCUCGGCCCUCAAGUUCGUGGGCACCAUUUCUCUGGGCUUGUUGACGGGCGUAUCUUACAAUGUCUCUACCGUCUUGCUUCCGACUCUCUUGCAUCUCCCGUCUUCAGCAUCUGCCUCGCAGGCCGUUGCUGCUCUCACAGCCAACCUGCGGGCUCCCCUACUUACCCUGACGUCCCUCUCUUCCGUGCCGCUCUUCCUAGCCUUUAUCCUUUCGCCCCGUCGUUCUCGUCAUCCCUAUCUUUUCUACACGUCCGUUCUCGCUGUCCUGUCGACUGCCGUGCCACGCCUGUUGCCGAAAGCUGUGCCACGCCCUACUGCUGCGCACGAAGCCAAGAAGCCUUCUCCUGCCGCUCGUGCGAAAAUGGAAGCCAGCUACGAAGUUUUGGGCGAUGUCCACAGUGAAGCUGCGAGCGAGGAGGAAGUAGAGGAUGUCAAUGGCGAGGAUGUCAGGAUCCAGGUCGAGUCUCUUACUAGAGGUUACCUAGCACGGACUGGCCUUGCUGCGCUUGGAUUCGCCAUGGCCAUCGUCGGCCUUUGGGGUGAUGGAUCACCCGCAGUAGCAGCAGCAGUCGUCUAUGUCUCAUGA